UAUAAAUACUCUUUAGAUUAAGUGAAAAUACUGCAGUUUCUGUGUAUUAAUACUCUUUAGAUGAAGUAUAGAUACUGCAGUAACGCCGCGAUCGUUUUGGUCGACCCACAGAAAGUGUAAAUAGUGUCGACUACUGCGCAACUGCAUUGCGCAGAGGUCAAAGGUCAGACGAUCCCGGAACAUCAACAAAGCGAACAGGUAACAGCUGUUCGGAUCGGUUCGGUGUUCCUCUGGUUCCGCCGACAUGUUCUCCGUUUUACCGCCCACAAACACUUUAGUGUUGGCGGCUCUGUGUCUGGUUCUGACCCGCCUCUCCUGCUCCUCUGUGUCGGUCCCGGACAUCCCGCACAUCGCCGCUUACUUCGGAACCAAGACCCGAUACGAGGAGGUGAACCCGCACCUGCUGCGGGACGUCUUCUCCGUCAACAGCUCCAUCCUAAAACCUCCGCCCAAUGAGCGCUGCACCCCGGUCCAUCUGACCGCCAUCAUCAGGCACGGCAGCCGGUACCCGACCGUCAAAAACAUCCGGAGGAUCCACAAGCUGAGCGAGCUAGUCCGGAGAGAAGCUCCCCCAGGAGGCGCGUCCUCCGCGGGCUCCGCGGCCUGGCUGCAGGACAUCCAGAACCGAUGGGAGAACUGGUACACCGAGGACAUGGACGGUCAGCUGGUGAUGAAGGGGAGAGAAGAUCUUCGUCAGCUGGCCGUCCGUCUCUCCUCGUUGUUCCCGUCGCUCCUCUCAGAGGAGAACAUGAGGAGGAUCAGUUUGAGGAGCAGCUCAAAGCAUCGCUGUGUGAGCAGCGUGGAGGCGUUUCAAGACGGCCUGCAGCAGGUGUGGAGCCGCCAAGACGUGCAGUACAGCCACCAGGUGGACGACGAGCUCAUGCGCUUCUUCGAGCGUUGCCGUGGUUACGUGGAGGGCGUUGAGAACAACCGCACAGCACUGCUGGAGGUGGAGAAGUUCAAACACGGCAUGGAGAUGGAGGCAGUGAGGAGGAGGAUGGCCGAGAGGCUGGGCCUGCCUCACCACCGCCUCACCCCAGGUAACACAGAUUUGGUUGAAGCAGCGUUCUUCUUGUGUUCAUACGAACUGUCAAUCAAAUCUCUUUACUCGCCAUGGUGUUUCCUGUUUGACGAGAAUGACGCAAAGGUGCUGGAGUACAAGUCGGACCUGAAGCAGUUCUGGAAGCGGUCUCAUGGUCAUGUGAUCAGCAGUCUGUCCAGCUGUCCUCUCUUUCAUCACGUCUUCAGGACACUGGACAAAGCAGGACGUCCACGCAGGUCCACGGAGGCGUCGCCUGAGCCAGCCUCCAUCCUGGUUGGUCACGCCGAGACGCUCCUCCCCCUCCUCUCCCUGCUUGGACUCUACAAGGACCAGACUUCGCCCACUGCAGACAACUACCACUCACAGCACAGUCGAAGUUUCCGGACCAGUCUGAUCGUCCCAUACGCCGCCAACCUGCUCUUUGUCCUGUACGACUGCCAGCGAGGCCCACGGCUGCAGAUGCUCAUCAACGAGUCACCAGUUCGAUUCCCAGGGCUGAUGGAGGACGCGCCACUGUACAGAGAUGUCCGGGCCACGUACCGCCACCUGCUGGACGGCUGUGACUUCCACCGCGAGUGUGAGGGAAGACCUGGAGGACGAGGACCGAACACAGAACUCUGAGGAAGACCGUGUCAACCAGAACCCUCUGCAAGGUCUUAAUGUGUCUGUCUGGGUUUUCUUUUUUGUUUUAUUGAAGCUUUAAUUUUAAUCUGCUGAAACAAAACGUUGUCAACGUUGCCUUCAGGUUUGUUUUGAUGAUCAGGUGACAGCUUUAUUGAUUUUUGGUCAGCUGUCUAUCAAACUGAAUGUGGAAAAGUUCUUUUCACAAUAAGAGUUCGGUUUCAGGGUCCAUUAUUGAUUUUUGUUUUCUGUUGUCAGUUUUUACAAAAUGAAAGUUUGAAUGCAUCAGAAUCAUUGUGAAGACUUUUAUUCUGAAAUCUUUGAGACAAAAAGAAAAGUCUUACACAUUUUAUUUUGAAGUUUAUUACAUCAUAACUCAGCAGCCAAUAAGACACCGUAAAUAAAAAGACAAUGUAAAAAUUAAUUUGGCAAAUUUCAGGAAAUCAUCUGAACGAGUCGUUAAUUAAUCUGUAAACAUCAAAGCUCAACGACGACGAAGAGACAAAAACAUUUUACAGUGUAAACGUUAAUGACCUCAGACCUUUAUUUUGAAAUUACAAACCCAUAAAACCAAGUCUGACUUUCCAAAAUAAAAUACAUAAUUGUUUUUAA